AUGCCACAGAUCCUUCGCCGGGUGACAGCCCCAUUCCGCGGAACCUCACGACUUAAAACAUCGACACCGCUUUUCUUGCUCUUCCAAUGGGUGGUCUCAGAUUUCUCCUGCGCUGAUCACCAUGUCACCAUAAUCAAAACCUGGAACGACGCUACCAUCGUCACAUACGGUCCCGCCGCACCAAAGAUGGGAGGCACGAUGGGGGAGCAACGACCACAUGAGGACUUCACACCGCAGUCUGCACAGACUGAACACCCCGUCGAGCCCUGA